GUACUAGGAGGCUGCCUUAAACAGAAGAGAAUUGCACUGCUACAGGCCUGCCCAAAGAGGUAUCUGGUACACACUGACAAAAAAGGUACAGAAUUUGCCAAAUAUAUUAUACCAAUGGACCCAAUCACAAUCUUACUUUCCGUCAUCUGUAUAUCUUUCCUAUAUUUUUCCUAUGGUCGGAGUAAAAGCAAGUAUUGGAAUUUCCCCCCUGGACCAAAUGCCUUGCCAAUAAUAGGAAAUAUACACCAUUUAGAUUUGAAGAAGCCGAACAAAACAUUGCUCCAGCUCUCUGAGAAAUACGGCUCAGUAUUCAGCAUUCAGAUAGGAUCCGAUAAGAGAGUUGUGCUCUGCGGAUAUGAAACAGUGAAAGAUGCUCUUGUUAACCACGCAGAUGAGUUUGCUGGAAGACCCAGAAUGGUGCUGUUUGAUGAGAUAUUUUUGGGACAUGGUGUUAUUUUUUCCCGUGAUGAAAACUGGAAGGUAAUGCGACGAUUUAGUCUUUCAACUCUGCGAGAUUUUGGAAUGGGAAAGAAAACCAUAGAAAAUAAGAUAUAUGAAGAAUAUGAUUCUCUAACACAAACGUUUCACUCUUAUAAUGGGAAACCUUUUGAGAAUACAUGGAUAAUGAACGCUGCUGUAGCCAACAUCAUUGUGUCCAUACUUCUUGAUCGUCGUUUUGAAUAUGAUGAUCCAACAAUUUUAAGGCUCAUGCAUUUAGUCAAUGAAAAUGCCAGACUUCUGGGAACUCCUAUGGCAUUGUUGUAUAAUGUCUUUCCUUCUGUGCUGCAAUGGUUGCCUGGAAGCCACAAAACCGUUGUCAAAAACACAGAUGAGCUGAGAAGCUUUGUUAAAGAGACUUUCACAUCACACAGGAAUCAUCUAGACAUCAAUAACCAGAGAAACCUUGUCGAUACAUUCCUUGUCAAACAAAAAGAGGAAAAGCCUAAUCCUGAUUUAUAUUUCAAUGACAAGAACCUUACAACUCUUAUGAUUGAUUUAUUUGCUGCUGGGAUGGAGACAACCUCUACAACGCUACGCUGGGGUCUUCUGCUAAUGAUGAAAUACCCAGAAAUUCAGAUAAAGGUCCAAAAUGAAAUAGAGAAAGUGAUUGGAUUAGCUCAACCCCAGACAGAACAUCGUAAAGAAAUGCCAUAUACAGAUGCAGUUAUUCAUGAAAUCCAAAGAUUUGGUGAUAUCGUGCCAGGAAAUCUUCCACACGCGACUACUGAAGAUAUCACAUUCAAAGGAUAUUUCUUACCAAAGGGUACACACGUUAUACCAUUACUAACAUCAGUACUGAAAGAUAAGGCUCACUUUGAGAAACCAGAUGAGUUUUACCCUCAGCAUUUUCUUGACUCUGAUGGAAACUUUGUAAAAAGAGAAGCCUUUAUACCUUUUUCUGCAGGUCGAAGAAGUUGUGUUGGAGAGAAUUUAGCAAAAAUGGAAUUAUUCCUGUUCUUUACACGACUUCUGCAGAACUUCACGUUUAAGGCUCCAUCUGGUGAAGAGCUUGAUAUCACCCCUGCACUUGGUUUUACCAGCCCUCCAAAGGCUUAUAAUAUGUGUGCGAUACCUCGAAACUAUGUGAAAAACAUUUACUGCAGGGGCAAAAGUCCUGUCCGGCAAACAAAUCUGGACAAUGUACUAGGAGGCUGCCUUAAACAGAAGAGAAUUGCACUGCUACAGGCCUGCCCAAAGAGGUAUCUGGUACCGGACAAAAAUAUUAUUCCAAUGGACCCAAUCACAAUCUUACUUUCAGUCAUCUGUAUAUCUUUCCUAUAUUUUUCCUAUCUUCGGAGUAAAAGCAAGUAUUGGAAUUUCCCCCCUGGACCAAAUGCCUUGCCAAUCAUAGGAAAUAUACACCAUUUAGAUUUGAAGAGGCCGAACAAAUCAUUGAUCCAGCUCUCAGAGAAGUACGGCUCAAUAUUCAGCAUUCAGAUAGGAUCCGAUAAGAGGGUUGUGCUCUGUGGAUAUGAAACAGUGAAAGAUGCUCUCAUUAACCACGCAGAUGCGUUUGCUGGAAGACCCAGAAUGGUGCUGUUUGAUGAGAUAUUUUUAGGACAUGGUGUUGUUUUUUCCCGCGAUGAAAACUGGAAGGUAAUGAGACGAUUUACUCUUUCAACGCUGCGAGAUUUUGGAAUGGGAAAGAAAACCAUAGAAAAUAAGAUAUAUGAAGAAUAUGAUUCUCUAACACAAAAGCUGCAGUCUUAUAAUGGGAAGCCCUUUGAAAAUACAAGGAUAAUGAAUGCUGCUGUAGCCAACAUCAUUGUGUCCAUACUUCUUGAUCGUCGUUUUGAAUAUGAUGAUCCAACCAUUUUAAGGCUCAUGCAUUUAGUAAAUGAGAAUGUCAGACUUCUGGGAUCUCCUAUGGCAUUGCUGUAUAAUGUCUUUCCUUCUGUGCUGCAAUGGUUGCCUGGAAGUCACAAAACCGUUAUCAAAAACAUAGAAGAGCUGAGAAGCUUUGUUAGAGAGACUUUCACAGCACAUAGGAAUCAUCUAGACAUCAAUAACCAGAGAAACUUUAUCGAUACAUUCCUUGUCAAACAAAAAGAGGAAAAGCCUGAUCCUGAAUUAUAUUUCAAUGACAAGAACCUUACGACUCUUGUGAUUGAUUUGUUUGCUGCUGGGAUGGAGACAACCUCUACAACGCUACGCUGGGGUCUUCUGCUAAUGAUGAAAUACCCAGAUAUUCAGAUAAAGGUCCAAAAUGAAAUAGAGAAAGUAAUUGGAUUAGCUCAACCUCAGACAGAACAUCGUAAAAAAAUGCCAUAUACGGAUGCAGUUAUUCAUGAAAUCCAAAGAUUUGGUGAUAUCGUGCCAGGAAAUCUUCCACACGCGACUACUGAAGAUAUCACAUUCAAAGGAUAUUUCUUACCAAAGGGUACACACGUUAUACCAUUACUAACAUCAGUACUGAAAGAUAAGGCUCACUUUGAGAAACCAGAAGAGUUUUACCCUCAGCAUUUUCUUGACUCUGAAGGAAACUUUGUAAAAAGAGAAGCAUUUAUACCUUUUUCUGCAGGUCGAAGAAGUUGUGUUGGAGAGAAUUUAGCAAAAAUGGAAUUAUUCCUGUUCUUUACGCGACUUCUGCAGAACUUCACGUUUAAGGCUCCACCUGGUGAAAAGCUCGAUAUCACCCCUGCACUUGGGUUUACCAGCCCUCCAAAGGCUUAUAAUAUGUGUGCAAUACCUCGAAACUAACCCUAUGAUUACUUUUAACAUGUAAUUAUUCACCCAUAAUGCCACACAUAUAUUUAAAAAUAAAAGCUUUUUAUUAGGAGAUAUUUUCUGCUACAUAAACACCCAUCACUUUUAAAACAAUCUUUUAUAGUGUUCAUUAGACAACUAAAGCAUGGGAACAGGCUUAUUAUACAGCAAAUUUUGUUUAAAGGGUUCACCAAGCACCAUGGCCACUUCACUGAUUUGAGCCUGGAGUCUGUAAAUGCAGCAUAUCACUUUGAAACACUGCACAUGUUUAGAUUUGAGAAACCACUCUGCUACCGGAGGUGUAUCUCAACCUCCGGCAGCAUCAUAGAGGUGUCAUCAGCCAGCCCAGAACUAGAGUUCCAUCCUGGCUAAUGUCUGUUCUGUGCAACUUUCAUACUACAGAAUGAUAGUCAUUGAGUAAGAGCAGUCAGCUGACACUCUUAACCUAUGAAUGUCAAACGCCACAGCUGCAGAGCUGUGACAGAUAAAAUCACUUCACUGACCACCAGAGAGCCUCAGGGACCCGAUGGGACUCAGGCAACGGAGGCAAAGCAUUGCUAAACUGUUGGCCCCUUUCAGGGGGUACCAGGCCAGGGUACUCCUGUCAUUAUAACCAUUAGUUGUUAUGAUACUGGGAGUAACACUUUAAGGUUUAGAUCUUGCAAGAUGUCAUCCUAUUAUUGCUGCCCUUUUUCCACCUAUUAUCCCUGGAGCUAUAUCAACCAUUCAAUUAUUAUUGGUGUAGUGAAUGUUGCAUAUUUUGGUACUCUAUA